UUCUACAAGUUGUAGGAGAAGCCAUGCCUGAACCUUCCAAGUCGGCGCCCGCCCCGAAGAAGGGCUCCAAGAAGGCGGUGACCAAGGCGCAGAAGAAGGACGGCAAGAAGCGCAAGCGCAGCCGCAAGGAGAGCUACUCGGUGUACGUGUACAAGGUGCUGAAGCAGGUGCACCCCGACACCGGCAUCUCGUCCAAGGCCAUGGGCAUCAUGAACUCGUUCGUGAACGACAUCUUCGAGCGCAUCGCGGGCGAGGCGUCGCGCCUGGCGCAUUACAACAAGCGCUCGACCAUCACGUCGCGGGAGAUCCAGACGGCCGUGCGCCUGCUGCUGCCCGGGGAGCUGGCCAAGCACGCCGUGUCCGAGGGCACCAAGGCCGUCACCAAAUACACCAGCUCCAAGUAGACGCGCUCCUGAGCGGCUUUGCCGCUGACCCCAAAGGCUCUUUUCAGAGCCACCCACGUUUUCUGGGGAGAGCUGUAACUGACGUUUGUGAGUGGCGACCCUGUAUGUCAGCUAUUGAUGUAAGUUGUGUCUUAAGAGUUCUUAAUUGUAUUUGAGACAAUCUCUGAGCCGUUAUGCGGCCUGGAGGUGUCUUGACUUUAAUUGAAAUACUGCUGUGUUCGCCUCCCAGGAGACAUCUCUUUCACAACUCUAUUAAUCCACCUUCCAUGUGUCCUAAGCCUCUAAGCGCUCAUUAAACCACACUUUCCCUGC